AUGGACUCGAAUGCAGACUCGCUCGCCAACUCGCCCGAUGCUGGGCCAUCACGCACCCUCGUGUGCGAGUGUGGGCGGCGGUUUACGCGUAUCGAGAACCUGCGCCGACACCAGCGUAACCAUGAAGAGAGCAAGCUCUCGUGCCCAACAUGCGGGCGCACCUUCCGCCCGUGGCUCACAGAAGAGGUGUAUCUCCGCACCAAGGCUUGGUGUGUUUCUGAGCGCACUAUUCGGUGGCCCGACCUGUCCACAGCCAACUACUUGAUAAACACCCACUUUGAACGCGUCGAGCCCCAAUUACCCAUCAUCCACCUCCCCACGUUUGAAGCAUCCCACGCCCCACCGGCUCUCAUCACGGCGCUCCUCGCCUCGGGAGCUCACGCCACACCCCACAUCCGCGCCCGCACAUUCUCCUGCCAAGUGGCCGAAACAUUGCGCGUCCUCGAACCCUCCGAUUUAGACAGCCUCCACGUCCUCCUACUAGCUUACCUCGCCGCCUCAUCAUGUGGUAACCCACGCGCACACCUAAUCCUCGCCUCAUUGGGAUCACACGUACGCACUCUCCGCCUCCUCGGUCCUCGCCAGACCGAAAGUGAUUUUGCGACGUGGGUGCGGCACGAGCGGGCGACGCGUCUGGGCUUGGCGGUCCUCCUCUUCGACACCACUCUUGGGCUAUCAGACGUAGCGUCUGCCCCAAUCCCAGAUCAAGAGCGAUGGCUCCUCACCUCGGAUGCUUGGGUGGCGCGCGAACAGACCUCUGUGGGAGCUGCAUUGGCGACAUUGCCACGAUAUCCCGCUACGGUGGGCGAGUUCGGCGCGAGUGUACUUUACACCACAAUACAUUACGGUAUUCGGGCCUAUCGGGCCGAAGAACGGGUAUUUGGACACACGCAGGAAGUACUUGGUCUUGCGCUUCCGGCCCGGGUACAUGCGCUCGAGACAUUAUUAGAAGCAGCGGGACACGCGUACGGCCAAAGCGUGGGAUAUCAUCUCGGAUACGUCCUCCUCCGCGCCCCAAGAGUUGAGGACCUCGAGUCAAAAUCCACCACCGAUCCUCUUCCCAUCGUCCACGCCGCCCACCUCCUCAUAUCCGCCGGCUGGCCGUUACCUAAAGACAACAUCGUAUUCUCAGGAGCAGGGUAUCACGCCCUUCUGAUCCUACGUGCUUGGGCUUCACAACCUGGUCCACGCGACGAAGACGCCCUCGUCGCCGAACUCAUGGCGCCCAGAGCAACUGCGGCGCCACAUGUUGGACCACAUGGUAUCCUUCCUGUCGAACAGGCGGUUACGCCAGCGCAUGUGCUUAAAUUGGGCUUACAGUGGAUGGUAAACUCGGGGGCGUCGGGGUACGCCAACCGCCUGGCGCGGUUGCUUGAUCGAGAGGAGGGAUAG